GGACGCGUGGUGGCGAUAGGGGACCUGCACGGGGACAUCGGACAGGCGAGACGAGCGCUGCGAAUGGCGGGGGUCCUGGACGACGAAGACGACGCGGGGAACCCGCGAUGGGUGGGCGGCGACACGACGUUGGUGCAGCUCGGGGACAUUCUCGACCGCGGGGACGACGAGAUAGGGAUUUUGAUCUUGCUUCAAAAGUUGGAUAAGGAGGCGCAGAAGCAAGGCGGACGCGUGUACGUGAUGAACGGCAAUCACGAGGUUUUGAACGUUUCGGGAGACUUUAGAUACGUGUCGCGCGGUGCGUUCGGGGAAUCGACGCGAUUCAGCGAGCAUUUAGUGAAGUUGUUCGGGGAUAAGUUCCGAGACGCGUUCGGCGUGGACGAGGAGGACGCGUGGGCGAGGCAAAGCAAGGCGCGCAUCGGGUUGUUCUCCCCGGGCGGACCUUUAGCCCAGCAGCUCUCUAUGCAUCACACGGUGUUGAUCGUGAACGAUACCGUGUUCGCGCACGGUGGCUUAGUCCCUAGGCACGUCGAAUUCGGCCUCGAUAAGCUCAACCGAGCGGUGACGGAUUGGAUGCGCGGGAAAGAGAUCAAGGACGACGAGACGCGCCAGGCGCUCGGCAUGGCGAUCGGUGGCGUGCGAGAUUCAAUCGUCUGGCAUCGCGCGUACGGCACUGAAAAGUUUGCCACGGACGAAGAUCGUUCGACCUCGUGCGAACUGCUGGGGAAGACUUUGGGCAUGAUUGACGGCGUCUCGCGACUCGUCGUCGGACACACGCCGCAGCUCGGCGGCGCAAACUGCGAGUGCAACGGUCAAAUCUGGAGAAUCGAUGUCGGGAUGUCUUUCGGCGUUCUGGGUGCCGAACCGCAGGUUCUCGAAAUUGACGGCGACGAGGUGCGAGUGCUGUCCUCGUCGUCGGUUCGC